AUGACUUCAGAAAUUGAAAAUCUACGACCGAAGUCACCACCAAUACGAGACAAUUCAGCAUCAAAAUUAGGUGGACCACCUGGCGCCAUUAUGAAGCCCAAAUCCAAAAAACAAAAUAACAAUGUUAUGGCAGUUCCUCAACUGCCACAAAUCCCGGCAUUUGCUCGUUGGAUUCCAACG